ACAGUGGUUUAAAUGAUGACCAGGCUCUUUAGUAGUGUAGACAAUGCUUUAAACAGCUGCUUCAGGAUUUUUUUUUAUAAUGUCUUUGCUUCGCUUUUUUGCAGUUCGAGGAAUUUAAUACAAGGAAACAUUAGCAAAGGCUGCUGCUUUAUUCUCAAACUAUAAAUGCAAGCAUUUGGCUUGACUUAACUGUAAAAGAGAGAGCAACCGUUUACUUCGAGAUGCCAGCUGCCCUUAUGGAUAACUUUGACAGGGGAAGUCCUUUCUCACAAAGUGGUUCACAAAGUCCUCAAGACUGGAGCACAGUACAGUUAGAUGGCCACAAACAUCAGUGGAGAGAGAAGAACAGAGAUGCAGCCCGCAAGAGUCGUAGAAAACAGACAGAAAAGGCAGACAUUUUGCAUGAGGAACUCCAAAAUCUAGAGCAGUCCAAUGCUGCAUAUUUGAAAGAAAUCGCUGAACUGAGGAAGGAGCUUCAAAUCUACACCACUGCUUUGGAACAACAUGGACCUUUCUGCACUAAAGUGUCCUUGUGUGGACCGUCACUACCCAUUAGUGUUGCUCCAUCCACAGCAGCACCCUCUACAGCAGAUUUCACCUUUGUCUCUGACCCCAACCCCUUGCCAGACCUUUGUUUCUUAUCCGACUCUCCACAUAAUUCAGUGGACUUCGCUCUAACAGCCCUCCUUGACAGCAGUGAUUGGUCUUCUUGGGACACAAUGAAUGGUGAUUGUUGCUUACAGCAAUUUUGAAAAACAUGAGAUGCUAUAUCAGUUACAUACGUAUUUGGUGACAUUCCUUAAACACAGUGCUGGAUAGUAACAGAUUACAUAUAAUCUGGAUUAUGUAAUCAAGUACUUGUAAUUACAUAAAAUUAGAUUUUAAAGUACUCUUAAUCAGAUUACAAUGACUAUUUUAUGGAUUACUUGAAUACAUAUUAAUCAGGCAAAAUAUUCUAAAGUAUAAUAACAAAGUAUAAUUGUUCAUUAUUUAUUGAUCCCCAUAAUUCUUCUUUUCAAAUACCUUUUAAAACAUUAUACUAGCCACCAGCCGUAAUUACACUGAAGAUGGAGUGGGAUCCACACAUAAAUGCAGAACCGAUUGUAUCAGUGCUGUAACGUUUUAGUUUCACAAAUUGCUUUUGUACUCGGCCUCAAAAAGUUACAUGAAUGCGCUUUUGAUUUUGUCCGAACUUUUGAGACCGUUUUUUUUGUGUGACAUUGAUUCACAAAUAGAACCGGUCUGGUCUGCAUUUCCCAAAAGCAUUGUAAGCAUAAGUAGAUCGAAAAAACCUUUGGCGCCAAUUAGCUCUACAAUCAAUUUAAGUUUACGAUGCUUUUGGGAAAUGCAGCCCUGAUCUGCUAUCACACAGGAUGAUGUUUGUAAUGCCAAAAUUGCCUUAGAACGUUUUAAGUGCCUUUUUUACUAUACUCAAAAACAGACAGGGUUGGGAGGGUUACUUUUAAAAUGUAUUCCACUACAGAUUAUGGAAUUCAUCCUUUAACAUUUAUUUUUGUACAUAUUCCUUUAGAUUACUCAAGGUCAGUAACAUAAUCUAAACACUUUGGAUUACUUCUUUAUCACUGGUACAUUUUUUCACUUAGUUUGACUUAAAAAAAUCUGCCAGUACAGUUAGACAAAAUCUACAUGUUAAAAAUUAAUUCUCUGAAAAAAACAUCUUAUGUAUCUUAUGCAGUGUUGCUCAUAAAACAUAAUAAAUAAAAUGUAUCUAGCUUCAAGAAUUUUUAAAUGUUAUUCUAAGAUAUUAUUUAAAAACAAUACAAAGAUUAUCAUCAAAAAUACAUUUUUGCCCUAGUAUCAAAUGUCUUACUGCUCCAAACUUACUUCUCUGUCUGCUUGUAUGAAUGUAGCACAUCUUAAGAAAGUGCUUCACCGCUGUUUAUUCACUCUUUGUAUCUCAUUUAUAUGGAUAAAUGUUAUCCAACUAAAUAGACUAAAUAUUAAAUGGAACAAAUGAAAAUAAAAUGCAAAGUAAUCUCUUGAGUAAUCAGAAAACUUUUUGAAUAUACCUGUAUUCUGAUUACCAACCAUUUAAAUUGUAACUGUACUGGAAUUUUUUCUAGUAUUGUAUAUUUUAAUACAUAAUCCCAUUACAUGUAUUCUGUUACUCCCCAACCUUGGAAACUGGAACAAGUAUCCACACACACACACACACACACACACACACACACACACACACACACACACACACACACACACACACACACACACACACACACACACACACACAC